AUGCCUCCCAAAACACCAAAUAACACGGGCACGCCCAUUUUCUCGACAUCCAUCUUCUCCAACGCUGCUUCUCGUCCUACCACGCGCGACGGCCACGCCGUUGAUCCCUUGAACACAAGCAUCCUCCCCAAAGACCGCAAAGCCUCGUUCUCGCGAAAGGCGUCGCUGUCGAGUAGACGCGGGAGUUCGUUUGGCAACGGGCCUAACGCUUUCGUCACGGAUGCCGCGGCGCCUCCUGCGCUGCCGGAUUACGCUCUCUCUGCUGCUGCAAAGGUAGCGCCGAGACCAGACGGUGUGGAAAGUGCGGCGCCGGUGGAAGUGCAGAUGUUGACUCGGAGUGCGACGGGGUCGACGACCCUUCAUGGGGGCAUCGUGCCGAAUACGCCGAUUGGGAUAAUGCCGAAUGGGGCGGUUGGGACGUCGGGAAUGUGGCAGCAGAAUGAGGCGGGGAUCAUGCAUCACCAUGUUACGGAGCUUGCGAAUAAGCGCAUCGCGACGUUGGAGUAUCUGCGGAAAGCACAUGAGGGACGGAUUUAUUGGUUCAAGACAUAUCUCUUCGAAAAGACGGACCUCAGCCGCAUGCCCUCGCUGGACGCUCGAAAGCUUGGUCGCAAAGCAACGAACCAUCUCCUCCUCGGCCUCUCCCUCCCGACAAUCGUCGACCUGUACUCCUCCACCUCGAUCGAAUUCCUCCGAAGUCUAAACUCCCUCCUCUCCGAAUUCGACUCCUUCCAACAACUCCACGGCGAGUCAUCAACAGCUACAUCGCUCACCCGCGCCCGUCUGCCAAGCAUGUUCCGUCGUCCAGGCGGUAAAUCUCGUCGCUCGACAUCAGCAGCUGACAUGCACCCCAUGGUCGACGAAAUGGCUUCUCUCCCCGCAGCCGGUGGUCCUGCACUAUCAGUGAUGAACUUUGCAGCUUCUGAAACAGAUCUUCUUCCUGGAGAGGAGUAUACCUUUCUCCUCACGCCAUCGCUGCCGUUUGACCCUGAUUACUUCGAGACGUUUGCGACGCUGUGCGAUGUGUUGAUUGAUUGCUACACGAGAUUUCUGGCGUUGGUACCGUCACCUAGAGAGUGUUCUGCACCUGUCGCUGAACUCUUCACAAAAGCGGAUUCACGAGUGCGCAAGAUCAUCGUGCAAGGCAUAGUACGGGACUUUGAAGAACAAAGUCGAAGUCAUGUCAAGACGGAGGUGGCUAGUAUCGGAAAGAUUGUCCUUGGGGGAUUAAUGUGA